UUUCACUUUCAACGCCUCCAGUUUUUACAUGCUGGCGAGAAGAGGGUGUGUAAAACUCGCUUUUCAACUUUUUCGUGGACGUUGACGUGCAGACACGGUCUCUUUCUGUUCAGUCAUACUGCAAACUCAGGAAAAGAUCAAGCAAACGCAAACAGCAGAAAAAGCCAAGGGUCAGCAUGGCAGCUGCUCGUGUGGUAAUGACACAGCCCCAGCUAGUGACCGUGAAUCAGCUGCAAAUGUCAACUGACUGGAGCUCCAAAAUGUGUGACUGUUGUGAAGAUAUGCAGAUCUGCUGCUGUGGGCUGUGGUGCCUCCCUUGUCUGGAGUGUCAGACUGCAUCUGAGUUUGGGGAGUGCUGCUGCCUGCCUCUGCUCGGCCCCAUCUCCCUGGCUAUGAGGACUGGAGUGAGGGAGAGAUACAGGAUCCAGGGCUCCAUUCUGGAUGACUGCUGCAUGUUGUGCUGGUGCUACCCUUUGAUAUGGUGUCAGAUGGCUCGAGAGAUCAAGAAGCGCAAGGCUGGCAGUGUUAUGCACGUCCAGAUUGCUUAGUAUAAGAGCCCAGGAUCGGAGCAGGAGGAGGGGGCUGGGAGCCCUGCAGGAACCCCCUCAGCUUACAGCACAAGCAGAUGCAGCAGCAGCUUUCUCAUCGAUUUUAUAUGGAAGUGUCUAUAUUCACUGCACCACCUAGCAGCAAUAUAUAUAUAUAUAUAUAUAUAUAUAUAUAUAUAUAUAUAUAUAUAUAUAUAUAUAUAUAUAUAUAUAUAUAUAUAUAUAUAUAUAUGCAUUUCUAAGUGAUUCUAAAUAAUUGAUCACCAAAUAGGGUUGUAUUGUGGAAUUGCUUUUCACUUGAGCAUUCUCUUGUAGUGUUUGGUGCACUGAAUCUGUGCCCAGGAUUAGAUGUAGUGGGAAUUUGACAGGCUGGUUUCACAGAUUUCACAUCACGGAUAUACCAGCGCUGUCCGAGGUGCUGAAAUCAAAAUUGAGAGACAAGCUGUGUAAAUUGACCUGUUCAUUUUUAAUUUGCUUCCAAAUUGCUUCCAAAUUUGCUUCUGAUUGGACCUGUGGAUAUGGCUAUAUCAUUUCUUCUGCCACGUUAGAGUGGGGAUAGACAUACAUUACAUUUAAGUGGUCUUCAAAAGUUUACAUACCCUCUAUUUGCAACAAUGUUAUUUCCCAAUGUAUUAAGUGUAACAAAAAUUGUUUGAUACACUAUAUCUACACAGCAAUGAUAUCUGUAUUGUAAGUGUGUUGAACACUCAUUCAUCUUACCAAGUGGCAGUUACAAAUCUGGUGAAUUAACUGAGUUAAGGCACAGGGUACAAAUAUUUAUGACUCCAAACUCUAUGAAAGUCAAUGGAGUUAAUUCAUAUUAGUACCCUUUGCCUUUACUUGGUUAAUUCACAAGAUUUUGAACUAGUACAGUGUAUCACACUUAAUACAUUGGGAAAUAACAUUGUUGCAUAUAUAUAACUAUAAUCUUUAUAUAGCUUAAUGUUGGAAGAUUAAAAUUGUUGCCAACUGAUUUAAAUCAAAGAAUUUUAAACCAUGUUAAUGAUUCUUUUAGAUGGGAAAUGUAUAAAUUAGAAUUACUCUUUUGUAACGUUUCACUAAUUAAAUGCAGAUGUUUUGUAUUACAGUAUAUAAUUGAAUAAUUGUGUUGUUUGGGUUUAAAUAUCACUGGGAAAGUGCAAUUAUCUUUAACACUAAGCACAUGUUCGUUUUUACUUUUAACCUCCAUAAUUAAUGAAUAAAAAAAUAACUGUCAA